UACAAAAGUGACCAUACGAGCGAACGGAGCAGUCACGACGUGUUUCCACAAAACGCCACCCGAGACUGUGGCGCUCGAUUGACGCCGCUGGCCAAUCGGCGCACACUGGUCAUCCUAACUGUUGAGUUUGAAUCAUCUGCUGUCACCCGUGAGUGAAAUUCAAAGGCGGACUUCGACGUAGUAACGCGGCCUGACGAGGCACGGCAAACGUGAGUGCACGCGGAAUGCAAGAACUUCAUAAAUAAAGCGGCCUUUCACCGUUCACACGGCACGAGCAUCCGAAAUUAAUCAGGAAUUAGACAAGGAAUAGGAGCAAGUUUUAUCUUCGUAUCUAAAAAUGGCACCUCCAAAAUCAUUACUUGGACAUAAUAGACAAAACGUCCUUGCAACCUCAAGAAAGGGGAUGACAACCAGGAGUCAGAAUGCUGUGCAAAGCAACGUAUGUUCCUUCAAACCUUCCGGCUCGAGAGAGACUCGAGCUAAACGGAAAGCGGAAGCUUCGCCACCGAAAGAAAAAACCACCAAACGAACCGCCUUUGCAAACAUUACUAAUGCCAUCGUAUCGUUCGGAGGACAGAAUCAUGCAUCGAAAAAAACAGUUAAUAUCAUUAAGCCGCAUGUGGAAAAUAAUGCCGCGGCGAAGCCCGCGGACGUUACUACAUUGAAAGCCGUGUUAACGAAAUCAAAAUCGACGAUUCGUGUCCCAAUUCAUACCGCCAAACCCAAAAAAGAAGAAAAGACAGAGAGCAACAAGAGUCAAGGCACGAGGCACAGUUCGGAUUUAGAAAAAUCGGAAGACAAUUCGCUGUACGUCAGCGCCUUGGAAGAUAUUACGGAUAGCAUGAAGAGGACUCGCAGGAGCAACAAUAUUUUAAAAAUCAAGGAGUACGAGAAGACAAUCGAAAUGGACGAGAAGAAAGAGGAAAACUCGAGUGAGCCCAGGACGAGCGAAAAGGUUUCCGCCGCCGCGUUACUGGUUGCCAUGCCCGUAUCGACAGUGCCCGACAAUAUACAAUGGGACUUCGACAUCGAGAAUUGGUUGGAUCCGUUCCAGGUAUCGAUGUACGCGAUGGACAUCUUCGAUUAUUUGAAGGAGCGCGAAGUCCAGUUCCCGAUCGGUGACUACAUGGAGCGGCAGGUGUGCCUCUCGCGGUGGAUGAGGGCGCUGCUGAUCGACUGGAUGGUCGAAGUCCAGGAGUCAUUCGAGUUAAAUCAUGAAACUCUCUAUCUAGCCAUAAAGCUGGUCGACCUGUAUCUAACAAAGGUCACAGUUGGCAAGGAAACCCUGCAACUGUUGGGUGCCUCGAGUCUUUUUAUAGCGAGCAAAUUUGAUGAAAGAAUACCGCCGAUGGUAGAGGAUUUCUUGUACAUAUGUGAUGGCGCGUAUUCGCAGCGAGAGCUCAUCCGCAUGGAGAUGAACGUCUUGAAAGUAGUGAAUUUUGAUCUGGGAAUACCUCUUUCUUACAGAUUUCUUCGGCGUUAUGCUAGGUGCGCUAAGGUGUCCAUGCCCACGUUAACUCUGGCGCGAUACAUAUUAGAGUACUCGCUGAUGGAUUACUCGAUGAUCACGCUCAGCGAUAGCAAAUUGGCAGCGGCGGCGCUCUUAUUAGCAAUGCUGAUGAAAGACUUGGGCGGGUGGAAUUCGACUUUAGAAUAUUAUAGUGGCUAUAAGCUCGAUGAUAUAAGAGAUAUUUGCAAUCUUUUGAAUGAGACUCUGCAUAAGAAACACAAGGAAACCUUAAUGACCGUACGCAAUAAAUACAGCCACAAGAUAUUCUUCGAAGUAGCAAAGCUGCCGCUAAAAGAUACUCUAGAUAUAUAGGUAAUAUAUAAAAAUUACAUUUUAAAUGCAUAUAAAGCAACUGGUAACGUUAAUGAAUCAAGGAAAUAUCCGAAAUUCAACAUGAAAGUACAGACAGACGGUUGACAAAGUGAAAUGAAUCGCAAAGACUAGUCGCAACCAACCAAUCUUUGUUGGAUCGAUCUAACCAUCGCCAGUUGGAAUGGUCGUCAGUAUGCGAAUAGCGACACUAAGCUCUCUAAAUUGUACAAUGCGUAAAAGCUAAGAUGAAAGCGUAAGAACAGUCGAGUGGUCCAUUUAAAGGUUUAAUUCCACAUUCAUCGAUAUGUAUCGAAAGCUUUCUUUUACAAUUAUUAUUAUUAGUAUUAUUCUUAGAACCCCGGAUCAGUGUUAUAACGCUGCGUUCCAUUUGGCCGUCCACGCUGAAUAUCAAAAGCAGUGAUGAGCAAGUAACUCUUUUCUACAUUGCGUUCAACAGUGUUCAGCGCGUGCGAGACAAUCGGGCGCAACAUUACGGCACUCAUUCGCGAGUUCUAAUUAUUAUUAUAUAUAUUUAUACACUUGACACGCGAGAUAUAAUCUCUUUUUGACUUUACAAUCUCAGUAUUUGUAAGUUGUAUAUUUUACUAUUUUUUUUCUCUUUUUUCUUUUUUUUUUUUACUAAAAAAUUUAUUUUAGCGCCACACUUUUACUACACUGCGAGGUUUUCCCAACUGAAAUUUGACGCCGAGUUUUUUCCAACACGCUAGACUAAAAAAAAGUAGUGCAUACUGUCGGGUUUCGCGGAAACAAAAGUGUAAAUUUUUUCCAAAUUUAGAAAAAAAAAUAAAACCUAUUUUAGUAUAAUAUUUUUGUACUUUUAUACACUUUUCCUAACAGAUUUUUCGUAUUUCCAAACCAUGUUAGAGAAACACCAUUUCUUUAAACCUAAAAUUACACAACAACGGUUCCAUCCGUAUUGCACUCGAAUGCUUUGUGUCUAUUGAAACUGGCCUUUCGGCCAGAAUUUUGGAAACACUCGGCUCAUAUUUAAGAAAUUGACCGUCUGACGAUUGUAAAUAAAUUGUAAGCAGUGAUAAAUUUAAGUCAAUAAGGUAAGACGUUAUUUUUAACUCUUCGAGUCCCAAAUUUGUUAAACAAUUUAUUUUUAUAGUGCAUAUUAUCAUUUAUAUGAAAUUUUAUAAUGAAACAAUCAUAAGAUUUAAUUUCCAUCAAAAGAAACAAUUAUAUAAUUAUUUACUAUUAUUUAAAAUCGAUAUGUCAAACAUCGGGACUCAAAGGGUUAAUCCACACGUGCUCGAUUUACAUACUGUUAAACGCAGUCGAAGUUAAAGCAUACUUGCGAAAAAUAUAGCUAUUUCGCAGGCAUCUGUGUUUUACUUUCGGGACAGUCGAUUACGUACAUUAUUUUUCAGUCUUAUCUUAAAUAAUCUCUCGAUACCAAACGCGAACAAACUAUAAUUUCUACUCAAGGUGCUGACGUAUAAAAUGGUGUGGCGCAUUGUUAUACAUCGUUGUUGCGCUUUGUGUAAGCUGCUGAUAAAAUUUACGCUCGGGAUGAGAAAUUGCUCGGAUUCCUGAUUGUUACAAUCGAAAGUGACCGAAAUUUCCGUCGCGGAAUUAUCCGACGAUACGAGAAAUAAAAAAAAAUCGACAUGAUGAGAUCUUAGAAGAUAAUUAUACUUAGCAGUAUACUAAUUUAGCUGUGUACGUUAUGGCAAUUCAGCUAGAUACGAUUUAAGCUCCUGUUUUGUACAUUUAGCGAAGUAAGGUUUUCCUUCUCCGUUGAAAAUCGCGAGUGCUCAGUUUUCGAGCGAUUACUAUCGAUAUUCACGCCAUCAAAUUGUCACUAUGGUUCCACAGAGAGUGCGUCUGCUUAAAAUACUAGGAUUGUUUAGAGCAAAGGUGCACCUGAUCGAUUACUCAAGUUCAAGAAGCAAAAAAAAUUAAGUUAAACGUCUCACGUGUGCCAAAGUUGAAUGUGAUAGUAAUUCAAAAAAAGACUUAGUUCACUACAUUGACAGAUUCCGACGUUUCAAGACGCGAUGUAUCACAAGGCUCCUGUGAGUGACGUGUACUUUCUUCACCGAAACAUUUAGAUAACCGUCGAAGCGAAUAAAAAGACCACCUGUGAUAUCAAUAUUGUCACAAAAUCGAAAGAAUGAUGAGUGUGUGUGUCAAAUAUGUUUUUUUACAUGCAGGGCGGCCACAAAAUCCUGUUAUCCGUAAUGUAAAAUUGAAGAGCUCGUAGAGCUCGGUAAGGACGAAAUAAAUCCGUAAUUUGCAAAUUCCAUUUCGGAGGCGAUUAUCUGAGAUAUCAUCGUACAAAUUACAGGCUUAUCUCAUCCUUUUGCCUUAACUGGCAAAAUUCCCAUUAUUUGGCACUCUUACGAUAUAUUGUAUUUAUAUAAUUAUUAUAAUUUAUUUAUAACAAUGCGAAGAAAUAUGAAACGAAAUAUUGAAAUGUAUGCGAGAUAACAAGGAAAUUUAAUAUAUAUAAAAAAAAUAUUUAAAAAAUAAAAUAUAACAAAGCAACAAUUGAUCCCGGUGGAUCAAAUUCUGUGUGACAUUCUUUUCAGUUUUUCUUGAGAAAAUAUAAAAGUGAAAUAAAAAUGACAUUCCACAUA